AUGUCGCAAACCAACAGAACACAAGGGUCCAUCGUCAAGCGAGUCGAUUUCAUCAUGGGAGAAUACUCCUUGAGCGCCCCAUACCGCGACAGACACGCCCUCCCGCCUUCCGUUCGAGCGCGAAAUGCCGAUCUCGUUGCUGCCCGGUCUGAUUCCUCACUAGUUGGAGAGAGCCAGGCCCGUUCGCCUCCGUUGCAAGUUCCCUCGCGUGUAUCGGUAGACCACAGGAUACUCGGGUACACGACACCACCGCAACGGGGCACUUCUCGGUCCAUCCUGGAGGAGAGCGACACGGCCAUGAACAUAUUCAUGGAGGUAGAGAUUGCGCCCGACGAAGAUGAUACGAGCCUUCAGCAAGUACGGGAGCCGAAGAGGAGGAAAAGUCUUUUCAGGCACAAGUGGUUCGGAGAUGAUACCAACACCGUCUCUGAUACAGACCGUGAUGAUGAGAGGAGACAGAAGCGCCAGAACUCCAGGUCUUUGAGCAGCACCAUUAUGGGUGCCGGACGGGUGUUCAAGCGACGAGUAUCUGCCUUGGGCAGCUGGGGCAGGAAGGAUUCUGCAGGAUUCGUGAACAUUGGUGAUGGUCGCGCCUCCGUCGUGGACACGGACUGGUAUCACUCUCAGGGGCUGGUAGCGCCAUCGUGGUAUCCUGAAGAGACCGACAGACAAUCUUCUCACAUGAUGAUCGAUGGAACCUUGUAUCACGUCCAUCAGAGAGAUGGACUGCCAGAAGACAUGGCUGAGGAAAUUUUGCGUUCGAUGCAGCCGUUGUCUCGCACGAGCGCCGUGGUCCAGAGAACACCGUCUCUGAAGGAGCCGGCCGCAAGCCCAGUCUCAGGGGCUUUCGAAAGUCGCAUGAACAGCAUCGCGAAGCGGCUGUUGGAAGCUGAAGUUAGGGACGAGUUUGAUGAGCAAGCGAUCUCCCAGCGAUUUUCGCAGCGCCCCCUCCCAGAUCCCUUCAUCCAGAAAGAAGCGGCCAAGUCUUGGCGCGAAGCCUGCGAAACCGAACGCCAAAACCAUGAGCAAGGAUUUGAGCGGAUGCUCGCAGCUGGAAACUCCGCCAGAGCUUCUCGUUCCGAGAACAUAUUGGCAACGACGCACGAGGAUGCCUACAUUAGUACAUCCUCUCGUUCGUCGCCUAGUGAGGAGACUCUCACGGACAACGAGCCACGCCGGCCGAAGAGCUUCUUGGAAGAACAGACACCCACUCUGGAGGAAAGCGGUGUGCCAUACUAA